CGUAAAGCGGCGCAGGCGCGGCGCGGCCGGGCCUGCUGUCGGUGGAAGCCGUCCGGUGCGCGAUGCAUUGUGGGCGAGAUUGAGGAAGUAAAAUGGCGGAUCUGGCGAACGAAGAAAAACCUGCCCUUGCUCCACCUGUCUUUGUGUUUCAGAAGGAUAAAGCACAGAAGAGAUCAGCAGAUGGGUCCAGUCCAGAAGAUGGAGAUGAAUCUGAUCGAGAGGAUGGCAGCUACUGCCCACCUGUGAAACGGGAGAGAACCUCAUCCCUGACCCAAUUCCCUCCUUCCCAGUCAGUAACCAAGAACAACGUCUUCAUGCCCUCCAGCUUCUGUGAACCCUCUGCAGGCAACUCUGACUCAGAGCCAGAGGAGAAGAGCAGCGGGUUCCGGCUGAAGCCACCCAUCCUGAUCCACGGGCAGGCCCCCAGUGCAGGUCUCCCUAGCCAGAAGCCGAAGGAGCAGCAGCGGAGUGUGCUACGCCCGGCGGUGCUACAGGCCCCACAGCCCAAAGCCUUCUCCCAGAUGGUUCUCAGCAGUGGCACCAAUGGUGUCAAUAUCCCACCAGACCCUGCAGCCACCUCAGAAUCACUAAGCAAUGCAGCACCAAAAAGCUCUGACUCUGAAGACAAGGCAGGAGAAUGUCAGAAGAGAGAGUCCAGCAGUGCUUCAGAUGAUGACAGCUGUGAGAAGGCAGAGCUGAACACACAGCAAGCUUUUGUGUUUGGGCAGAACUUGAGAGACAGAGUGAAGCUAGGAGAUGAGAGCGACGACAGCAGCGACGUGCAGAGCGCCGGCCUGCCCUCUUCAGAGCUCCCCUCUGCUACUAACUACUUCCUACAGUACAUCAGCUCCAGCGUAGAGAACUCUACAAACAGUGCAGAAGCUUCUAGCAACAAGUUUGUGUUUGGGCAGAACAUGAGCGAGCGAGUCCUAAGUCCACCCAAAUCAAACGAAGGUAGCACAGAGAGUAAUAAGGAGAAUGCUGCUACAGAGUCUGGGUCUGAAUCAUCUUCUCAGGAAGCCACACCAGAGAAAGCUAACAACAUUUCAGAGUCCCUGGCAGAGUCAGCUGCAGCCUACACUAAAGCAACAGCCAGGAAGUGUUUGCUGGCCAAGGUGGAAGUGAUCACCGGGGAGGAGGCCGAGAGCAACGUGCUACAGAUUCAGUGCAAGCUGUUUGUGUUUGAUAAGAACUCUCAGUCUUGGGUGGAAAGAGGCCGAGGACUCCUGAGGCUCAACGACAUGGCCUCGACGGACGACGGAACGUUACAGUCCCGCCUGGUGAUGAGGACUCAGGGGAGCCUCAGGCUAAUCUUAAAUACCAAGCUGUGGGCUCAGAUGCAGAUUGACAAAGCCAGUGAGAAGAGCAUCAGGAUCACUGCCAUGGACACAGAGGACCAGGGAGUUAAAGUGUUCCUCAUAUCAGCAAGCUCUAAAGACACAGGGCAGCUGUACGCUGCCUUGCACCACCGCAUCUUGGCCCUGCGGAGCAGAGUGGAGCAGGAGCAGGAGGUCAAGAGUGCAGCACCUGAGCCAGAGGUCACACAAUCAAAUGAGGAAGACAGUGAUGAUGAUGUCAUGGCACCUUCAGGGUCAGCUGGAAGUGGAGCUGCUGACGAGGGUGAGGGGCAGACCGUUGGCAGCACAUAGCAGAUGUGAGCCGCCCUGCUUGCAAGGCUGCUAUCAACACCAUCUUGCAGGCAUCUCUGGACACCCCAGGCCAGCUAUGAUUUCAGGCAGUGUUUGAAGGCUCCAGGACUUUUUAAGAACUGUGCAUCCCUGUUCUGUUUGUUUGGUUUUUUUUGGUCUGGAUCCAAUAGAUUCCACACAAAAAAAAGCAGACUUGGGGAAACUACCUGAAUGUGGUUUGGGACGUGAAAGCUCAUCAUAUUGAUGAGCCAAAACACACACACACACACACACACACAAAAAGGAGAAAAGAAAACAAACAAAACAAAAAAACCAAACAUUUCCCCUCUUCCUUGUAAGUGAGAUGGCACAUUACAGCUUGUCACAGCUUUCCAGUGGGACCUUCUGACUGUUUCUUCAGUAGUUCCUGUCUUGCAGGCCUCCGAGAUAGACCUUCCCGACGCGGUUCCGCCUCGAAUUCUGCUUUCCUUGACUCCCCCCACCCCCAAACUCCCCCUUAAGAGUUUUCUCCACCUGCAGGGGGGAAAAACUGCUCACCAGUUCCUCCACUCACUGAUUGCCCUCUUUGGGACUGCAGAUUUUUUUU